CCCCAAAUCGUAUUCGGAGUUGGCAGCACCCUCUCAAAUUACAAUGAAACUUUCUGGGUAUGUACACCAAGACUAGAUAAGCCACUUUGCAUACUUAGUUUCUUCAAAAUUUAUCUGGACUGACUUUUGAAAAGGGCUAAACUUUUUUUAUGGAUUUUUUAAAAAUGUUUUUAAUCAAAAAAUGACUACUCCUACAAAAAAGUGUUGUAUGGGUGAUUAUCACAAAAUAAGUCAAAUUUUAAGAAAAAAAUACUGAAAAAAAUCCAAAAUGAGCCCUACACUGAAAAAAAUCAUUUCUAAAAAUUCAAAGUUGAUUUAAAAAAAACACCAUUUUUGAUUUUGAUGAAAUUUUGUCUCAAGACAGGUAAUUAUGUUCCCUACCAACCGUCCAUACAUCACAAGAUAGGCACUUUUAAGGAAAAAAAGUUUUUCUAACAAAAACUUUUUCAUGUCCAAAUUAUUAUUUUUUCAGUGUCUUUUUUUAAAAACAAACUAAACCAGUGAAGGUUAUCUAGUAAUCUCAAAAUGCAAUGAAACUUAUUGUGUCAUAUGCGACAAUGCAAUGCACCCAUAUUCACGCAGCAGCACUCUAGAAGUACGAAACAAUAUACAAUUAGAACACACAUUUCAUACGUGCUGCUGUAAUUUCUACCCAAACGUUUCUACCCCAUGUUCUUACCUAAUAUUAGGUAAGGCUAUUUAUUAGAUUCGAACUACCUAAUCGAAAAAAAAACAAAUCAAGAGUUGUACCUAAAGCAAAUAUGAACAAAACAAGAAAAUGAAUCGGUAUCAUUCAACGUGUUACUUCUCUUUGGUUAUUAAAGGCAGUUCUGAAAAGUAAUGGAUCAAUCGUAUAAAUCAAAAUUCAACAAAUUCAAGUGCAGUGCAAAAAUAAACAAUCCAAAGUGCAACCGUCAUAAUCUACGGGGCAUGUCAUUAAGAUUGAUAGAUAAGAUUCAUUCCAUGGGAUAUACACAUGAAAUCGACGAAUCGAUGAGUAUUUGUGAGUCAUGUCGUGGAUUGAUAAGUCACAACAGAAGCCCGAAUACGAAAAAACGCCGAUCGGAUGGAAACGACGAAACUAUGCAACCAUCAUUUAGUGGGCAGCAACAUCAUGAUGUUCCAGAACCAGAACCGUCAACGAGUGGUCAACAAAUCGAACAUGAGCUGGAUAUGGUACCAUCUAUUCCAUCAUUGGAGUCAAUUCCGUCAACAGAUCAACUACAGGGUCCCCAUAAUAUUGAGAAGUUUAAUACCAUUGCUGAAACAUUGAGUUUAUCGCCAAUCUCAUCUAGAAACAUGAGAAGUAUGGAAUAUCGCAUAAACAAAUCAUUGCAGAUUACGAAAGCAGUUCGAAAAAAUAUCUUCGGAAUAGAUUCAACGGAUGUUGGCAAAGUGGAGGCGUAUGACGAGAUAAUUAUGCAGUUAAAGGAUAAGUUCAAUCACCCUACAACUGACAGAAGCGAACAGAUUAAAAUACUAUCUGUACUUCCUAAGUCUUGGUCGGUAAAUAAAAUCACAAGAGAGUUUAACGCACCAAUGUAUAUGGCGAGGCAGGUGAAGGAUCUUGUUUAUGAACAGGGUAUUCUUUGUACCACCGAAAAAAGAAGGGGGCAUGGUAUUGAUGACGAUACAAAACAAAUAGUAAGAGAAUUUUUUGAUGAUAAUGAUAUCAGCAGGCCAAUGCCAGGAACAAAUGAUUUUGUUUCUGAGGUUCGAAAUGGAAAAAAACAACAAGUUCAAAAACGACUUUUGAUGAUGUCGCUCAAAGAGGCUUAUAUGAUUUUUGUAGAUAUGUACAAAACUGUGAAUAUUGGUUUCACAGUAUUUACACAGUUGCGACCAAAGCAUUGUAUUUUACUUGAUUCUACUGGUAUACAUAAUGUAUGCAUAUGUACUAUUCAUGAAAAUGUAAAUUUAAUGUUCAACAGUAUAAGAAUUGUGUCACAAGAUGAAAUAAUACAAAAAAUGCUUUGCGAUAUUUCCACCAGAACAGAUAAUUGCUUUUUCCGUGCUUGUGAAAAGUGUGCUUGUAAUGAACACAUUGAAGAGGAACUUACAUUGAUAUUAGAAUCAAAUGACAAAGAAGAGAUUAUAUUUCAGCAGUGGUUGAAUACUGAUCGCUGUAAUUUAGAAACGAUUAUUAAACCUGUUGAUGAAUUUGUUCCGUAUCUUGUUGAUAAAAUUGACAAACUUAUAACACACGACUUUAUUCAUUAACAACAAUCAUCAUUUCUCAGAAAUAAAAAAGAUACAUUAAAGGAUGAUGAAAUUCUUGCGAUUUGUGAUUUCUCUGAAAACUAUUCAUUCAUAAUUCAAAACGCUGCUCAAGGAUAUCAUUGGAACAACUCGCAAGCAACAAUACACCCAUUUGAAAUUUACUAUAUGAAAGAUAAUAAACUUGUAAAUGUUAGCUUCAUUAUCAUAUCGGAAGUAAUGGCUCACGAUACAGUUGCGGUCCAGUUGUUCAUCUCAAAAAUGAUAGAUUUUAUGAAACAAUUAACAAACUUUUCUAAAAUUUAUUUUAUGUCUGAUGGGGCAGCAUCACAAUACAAAAAUAAGAAGAACUUUGCUAGUCUAUGUAGAUUCCAGUCAAAGCAUGCAUUAAGAGCAGAAUGGCAUUUUUUUGCAACGUCCCACGGUAAAGGUCCAUGUGAUGCUAUUGGUGACACUCUCAAGCGAAUGGCAAAGAGAGCAAGUCUUGCUCGAGAUUAUGGAAAUACCAUAACAACUCCACGAGAGUUAUAUAACUGGGCAGUUGUACAGACAGAUAAAAAUAUAACUAAAUUAAAUUUCUGUUACGUAUCCACUGAACAGUACAUUAAAAUGUCAGAAGAUCUCGAAGAAAUAUAUAAUAACGCCAAAACAAUAUCAGGCACUCAGAAAUUCCAUAGUUUUUUGCCUAUUCCUGGCGACAAAGUAAAGGCAAACAGGUAUUCUAAUUCAGAAGAUGAACCAAAAAUAUUUAGUAUGAUCGGAAAAAAAUAGAAAAGAACAUGUUUGAAAUUGGCUCUAAGACACAUAUAUAUAUAUAUUUGAAAAAUUCAUAAUUAUAAAUAAUUGUAUAUUUAAAAGUGCACUUCAAUACAUAUUGCGAUCAAACAUUACAUUUCCUAAGAAAAUACAUUUGUAAUAUUUUGAAGUUUUUUAUGUAUAGGAAAACCCUUCCAAAUGAUUGAAUAAAUAACACAAAAUCUCCUAGAAAAUUGAGUUUCAUUGGAUUCUGGGAUUGUUAUGGCCUUCACUGGUUUUAUUGUUGAAAACAAAAUACACUGAAAAAAAAAUCAUUCGAACAAGAAAAAGUUUUUGUUAGAAAAACUUUUUUUCCUUAAAAGUGCCCAUCUUGUGAUGUAUGGACGGUUGGUAGGGAACAUAAUUACCUGUCUUGAGACAAAAUUUCAUCAAAAUCAAAAAUGGUGUUUUUUUUUAAAUCAACUUUGAAUUUUUAGAAAUGAUUUUUUUCAGUGUAGGGCUCAUUUUGGAUUUUUUUCAGUAUUUUUUUCUUAAAAUUUGACUUAUUUUGUGAUAAUCACCCAUACAACACGUUUUUGUAGGAGUAGUCAUUUUUUGAUUAAAAACAUUUUUAAAAAAUCCAUAAAAAAAGUUUAGCCCUUUUCAAAAGUCAGUCGAGAAAAAAAAAUAGAAAAAUGAGUAUGCAAAGUGGCUUAUCUGGGCAAGGUCUACACACCAAGAAAGUUUCGUUGUAAUCUGAGAGGGUGCUGCCAACAUUUGUUCGAGUUGGCGCGAAAUCCGUCAUG